GAUCCAGCGUUGUUAUCCAGACCAUGUUCUUAUGACAACAGUGUAGAAUGGGACUGGAUAUUUAAACCGAAGCAGCCGUGGCGAGUCGGGGCAGUUUAUACAGGGAUGGCCGGAAGAUAAAAAGGUGUCCUGGCCUUUAGCUUGACCCAAGAAUGCCACUAGUGAAGAGGAACAUCGAGCCCAGGCACCUGUGUCAUACAGUGCUGCCUAGAGGCAUCAAGAAUGAACUGGAAUGCGUGACAAACGUUUCACUGGCAAAUAUAAUACGGCAGCUCAGCAGCCUGAGUAAAUAUGCAGAAGACGUGUUUGGCGAGCUGUUUAAUGAGGCCCACGCAUUCUCAUUCCGGGUGAACUCUCUACAGGAGCGCGUGGACAGCCUCUCCAUCAGUGUGACACAGCUGGACCCCAAGGAGGAAGAACUUUCCCUGCAGGAUAUCACCAUGAGAAAAGCCUUCAAAAGCUCCACUAUCCAAGACCAGCAGCUCUUUGACCGCAGGACAUUGCCUAUUCCACUGCAAGAAACAUACGACCUGUGUGAGCAGCCCCCACCACUCAACAUACUAACUCCUUACAGGGAUGAUGGCAAGGAGGGUUUGAAGUUCUACACAAACCCUUCUUAUUUCUUCGAUCUGUGGAGGGAGAAGAUGUUGCAAGAUACAGAGGACAAGAGGAAAGAGAAACGAAAGCAGAAGCAGCUGGAACCUCCGUUUCAUGUCUCACCUGAAGGCUUUCUCUGUGUCACCACAGAGCUCACACACACCGUGCUGGAGUUACAGGAUUCCAGCAGAUUAUCUCAGACCUGUAGGUUUUUAGGCCAUCCUGGUCAGCUGAAAAACAUAGAUCGUCCUCAGGAGCCUGAGAAAGUGCCCAGGGCUCCUCAUGACAGGCGUAAGGAGUGGCAGAAGCUGGCCCUCGGACCCGAGCUGGCAGAGGACGAGUCGGACGACCCCCACAAACAGAGAGACCUCGCCAACGGCGCAGCAACUUACUGCGACGCAAGGCAACCUGUUUACAUGGAUCCUAUAGACGGACCCUUUUCACUAGCAGCGUUACCUUACAGUCAGAUGAAUGAGCUCCUGAACAGAACCGGGGACAGGAUGUACGUCAGACCGCAUGAGCCUCCCCCUCCUCCACCAAUGCACGGAGGAGGAGACCUCAAAGCACCCUCCAUUAUCAGCUCUAGUUCCGGACUGACAGACAGUCGCCCCCAGUCUCCAGCGAGAACACCAGUGUUCUUAAACCCCUCUGCACACCCUCCUCCCCCACCACCCUUACCCCCUCCACCACCCCCACUUCCACUAAACCUACCCUCCUCCUCAGAGAUGCGGGGAACCCCUCCUCCCCCUGUCCCGCUUCCUCCUCCCAUGCAUCCACCUGCCAUCCCCCCUCCACCUGCCCCUCUCCAGAUUGCCCAUGGUGUCCUCCACCCUGCCCCUCCGCCCAUUGCCCCACCUCUGGCCCAGCCGGCCUCCCCGGCACGGCUCCCACAAGCUCCAGAGAAGGGGCCCCUUCACCCCCCGACAGAGAGCCAGGUCCUCCCUCCCCCACCCCCGCCCCCACCACUGCCCUUACCGGGGCUCAGGUCUGCUUCUCCUUGCCUCGCUCCUCCUCCCCCCGGGCCGCCCCCUGUGCCUUCCUUCUUGUUAGCCGCCAACCUUUCCUCCGAAUCCAAGCGUCACCCCUCCAACCUUCCCGUCAUCACCGAUGCCAGGAGCGUGCUUCUGGAAGCAAUUCGCACAGGUAUUCAGCUUCGAAAAGUGGAGGAGCAGCGGGAACAAGAGGCAAAGCACGAUCGCGUGGGUAACGACGUGGCCACCAUCCUGUCACGCCGCAUUGCUGUGGAGUACAGCGAUUCGGAGGAUGACUCUGAAUUUGAUGAGGUUGACUGGCUGGAGUAAAACCUGGACUUUGUUUCUCUGAUAAGUGCUGUCAUCCAUAUGUGGGUCUUGUUUUGGGGAGAAAAAAAAAAAAAAGAUUUGACAGUCAUUUGUUUUUGCAGCUGUUUUGUACUCAUUUUCUACACUACAUCUUAAAAGUUUCUUAUUUUUUUUUCAAUGAUAAGAAUCUUCCUGAUUUACAUAUUUAAAAAAUAAUAGUGAAUACAAUUACAUUUUUACUGUGACUUUUGUGGGAGGGAAUAAAUAAAUAAAUAAAUAAAUAAAUAAAUAAAUAAAUAAAUAUGUUGCCGUUAAGUAUUAGUGGGUGUUGGUACGCAUUGUCUUUGAAGUCGGUUCUUUUACCACAGCGCCCUCUCCUGGAACAACACUGAACUACUGCUUUUUUAUUCCAUUUUCUGAUGGCCAGUAGUUUGUGGCGCAAGCUGAAUCGAGGAUUUACUAGACCCAAAUAUGUUGCAUGAGCAGCUCACAUACAUAAUGUAUUGACUGGUUGUUUAAUUGUAUGCGCACUUUGUGAAUACUGACUUGAAGAAUCCAUAUAAGACUACAAGCCUUGAGGCAGCUUUUAAUAACAUUACCACUCAGCAUCUGCUAAGCAUUGUGAGUCUUAUGCCCUCUUAGACCAUAUGUCUCCUGAGAUUACAAACUGAAACAGAUACACUGCCUAGAUUUUAAACCUGGGAAGGACGCCCUUACCCUAGACUGCCUGUAUUAAAAAAAAAAAAGAAAAAAGAUUUUCGUAUAUAUUAUGCCUUAUUAUUGUUGUUUUUAUUUGAUUUUGUCGUUAUUUUCAUUUUUGUUUAUGAAUGUCCUGUGCUGUACUACUUUGCCUGCACUCUUUAAGUACCAGCUGUUUCUACGUCAAAACAACUGAUUUGAAUAUACUGUGUAACUUAUGUAACUGUUUACCAUUUGCUUGAUUUAAUAAAAGCUAAGCUUAUGUUUAAAAAAAAAAAUGUUAUGACUU